CUGAAACCCGCACACACACACACACACACACACACACACACGGUGUUUUGGACUAUGGCUUCCAGCUCAGGUGAUGUUCUGCCCACAGGCUGCAGGAUCCUCACCUCCAUUCCUGAUGUGUUUUUCAUCCCUGAGUUUGUGUUUGGAGGUUUGGUGUGGACCCUGGUGGCAUCGACUCGUAUCACUCUGGCCAACCCUCUGGCCUGGGUGAUGUUCGUGUCCGUCUUCUGCUUUGUAAUGACGACAGCCUGGAUCUUCAUCUUCCUCUGCGGAGCCAAUCGGAGCAGCAUCUGGCUUGCCCUGGACGUGGGUUAUCAUUUUGUGGCGGUGCUUUUCUACCUCAGUGCGUCAGUGAUUCUGGCGUUCAUCACCAUUGGGCAGGCUACAUUGGUUAGGAUUCUUACAAGCGAUGAUCUCUUCAUCUACCGACUGGAAAUUUCUGCAGUGGUGAUGUCCUUUCUGGCCACUCUUUUCUACUUCCUCCAUGCCAUUUUCUCUGCCAUCCGAUGGAAGAGGUUCUAAUAAAACAAAACAUUAACCCACCCGCAAACCAAGAACAAGAUCAAAAACAGAACAAACCAAAUAACCAGCAGACCUUUUGUUUUCUUUUUUUCAUUUUCACGUCAGCAAGAGUUUUCUUAAUCAGAAAGGCAAUCCUUGGGUUAGAGUAGAUGAAAGUGAAAUUAACCUUUUUACCAAAAAUAAAUUUGGUAUAAAGAAGUAGAUCUUGUAAAUAACUAAUUAAACCACAGACAUUUAUGAUGACAUCCAAAAAAUUACUUUAUUUACUUAUUUAUUUACUUUUUUAUUUUUUAUAGUUUUAUAGUUAUUUUUUUCACCAAAUAACUGAAAUGCCUUAAAGGGUCAGUUUAACCAAAUUACUUAAAGCACUUUCUUACUUACCUCAGAACACACAGUUGUCUUAGGGACUAAUUAUGAGGUGUAAAUUCCAAUAAAAGUUGUUAAAGUAUAUCUAUAUCUACAUCGUAAAUUACCGGUAAACAUCCAAUUGGUUAUAUUGUAAGUUAAAUACACGUUAAAGGUGGACUCUAUUGAUUGAGUAUUGCACUUCUAUAAAGUAAGGUGAAUUGUGAGAGACAGAUAAAAAGAACUGUCAAAACUGAAGCAGCAAAGGCUGAAAUGUCCUGACUUUUAGUCCCCAUAGUAAGCUGAGUCAAGCUUCAAAAAUAACACUAGAGCCUACACUUCCCAUAAUGCAACUUGAUAGCACCUUUCAUUAGAUCCCCCAGGCAAACUCCCACAUAUUUCAAACUCCGAGAACCACAUGAGUAGGCUCAUUUCAAAUGUUUGCCUGGUUAAUACAGAGACCAGGGGACUGAUUUCAGUUUGUGUCCAACUUUAGCAUUUGAAAGGGAAAGAAGAUAAUAUAACUUACUUGUUUGCUGUUAAACUACAGAACACACCAGAGUGUUUUUGGGCUUAAUGUCACUCAGCAGACAGUAAUUAAAGUGUGAUUGGUGACUUUAUAAUCUUUAAAAAGAUGUUUUACAGAUCAAUGAUUCAUUUUGGCUCCACCCUGCAGUAACCAUUUCUACAAAUAAGAUAAGCUUUUCACUAAAAUUUGUGGAAGACAUUCAAUAGCAGAACUUAAGUGUUGGUAUAGCACAGUACAUUUAAAUUGCUAAUAAAUCCUAGGAGCUUUGUAACAUUCAAAACCUGUGUUUUAAUCUAGAAACUUGAUUGGAGGUCAGCCCUUUGUUUCCUGCAAGUUUCUCAAUGUUUACAAUUAACAAAAGACAAAUUAUGGAUAAAUGACUCUCCCUUUUGACCACCACAUCUUUUUAUCCAGUUUGAAUCUAACUUUAGUGAACUUUUUUCUUUCUUUUUUUUUUAAGAAUUGGUUUUGAUACAAUAUGGAUGGAUGAUUUAUUGUCUGCAUUUCUUAAUUAAAUUUAAAAAAAUCAAGUAGCCUACUUACAUAUUUUGAUGAUUUCACUUUAAAGGUAGUUUUGGAAUCUAUGAUGUGAAAUAAAUUACUAGGCCAUUCAAACAUCA